UAGUAGAUGGUUGGUUUACAAACGGUCAAUUUUCCUUCGUAAAAAAACGACAUAUGCACCCAAUUUCGUGUAAUUUAGUUUCGGGCUUGAUCUUCAAAUAGUUUUUACUCAAUUAUAGUGUGGAUUACACCUAUUAUCGUCAUUCAGUGUGCUAAAUUGCUUUCCUUGGUAACAGAUUAACGUUAUUAACUCUUUAAACUGUUCCUAUUACCGACGUUUAUCGUUUUCUCACCUUUUCGGGUCAGUGAUACAGUGAUUCGACUUAGUGAUUUCAGUGAACUUUUUCAAGACGUCUCCGAACUUCAGCAAAGUGGAUAACAAACCCUUUACAACGCUGAAUUUUACGGACUUGGGUUCCCCUUUCGGGGGGCCCAACGAGGAUCCUCCGGGCACCCCUACGAUGUCGGGGGAGGGUCACAUAGGCCCGCCGACGCCUCAUGAAAGCAACAAUUCCACACCUGUAUCUAAAAGUGCAUUCAUUGAGCUGCAACAGCACGGGUAUGGACCCCUGAGGACCACUUAUCAGCACCACUUCAAUAGUCCGGCGGGAAAUGCACAUUCUGGUCCGACGGGGGGUCACGACGGUGGCUUUCCGAGCCCCAGGGGUGCCUUAGGAGCCUAUCCCUUUCCUCCGAUGCAGCAGCAUUCGUAUACGGGUUACCAUUUGGGAUCUUAUGCUUCGAAUUGUCCUCCUUCUCCCAAAGAUGACGACAAAUGUCUAUCGUUGGAUCGGCCGUCGGGCGGAGGCAAAGGUAAAAAAAUGCGAAAACCCCGUACAAUAUACUCCAGUCUUCAACUACAACAACUGAAUAGGAGAUUCCAAAGGACACAGUACCUGGCCUUACCAGAAAGGGCAGAACUGGCCGCCAGUUUGGGCCUUACACAGACUCAGGUGAAAAUAUGGUUUCAAAAUAGAAGAAGUAAAUACAAGAAGAUGAUGAAAGCGGCGCAAGUGACGGGCGGUACCAACAACAACGGUACUCCUGGUGGUCAUUCUGGUCUGUUAGGUCCUAAUUCCAAUAUGCCUUCUAGUAGUCCGGGACCACAGGGUCAGAAUAUGAUGCAAGGUAGGAUCAAAAUGGAAGGAGGCGGCUCGUCUAGCGGUAGUCCGGCGACUGGCGGCUACAUGCAACACCCCUCGCCAGCUCCCAGUUCCACCCCCGGAUCGGACAUGUCGGCCGGGGGCCCGCAGCCCGCCGCCAGUCCAGGGGCGGGCGGUGGCGGUGGGGGCGGCUGGGGCGAUAUCAAGCCCCACCAGCAGCCCAUCCACCCACCGCCGCAUUCUACGAGUCACCCGCACCCCCAUCCCCCGCCACACAACUACCUCCCACAGUAUUCUUGGUAUCCAACGGACAAUCCUGGUCUCCUGACGGUUUGGCCAGCAGUUUAAUAGAAGAUUAAGUGAUUAGUAACUAAUUAGAAUUUUUUUAAAACUUUUGAUAACAAAAGGACGAGCAGUGACCAGUGGCUAUAUGUAUGAUAUGUUACAUUUCUAUUGUUGAUAUAGGUUUAAGUGAAAUUGUUUAAGAAAAAUUACGUUUUCCUUGUAUAAACUGGUUUUCGGAUCUCACGGUAACAGCUGGAAUCUUUAGUUUCUCGUAUAGUCCAGGCUCGCCCCCGUUAGAUAAAUUAUUCCGAUUUGUUUUUUGCACAAACUUACUCAAAAAGAGGUCCUUAUAACCAAUCCACAGGGUGCCAGAAGGUAUCGUGGUCGGAAAAUUAUUAAAACAAUUUUAUUUAAACAAAUUCAAAAAAUAGUUUUUUUACUUUGGAGAAAUUUUUUUUUAUAUUCUUUGGAUUAUUCUGAGCAAAAAAGGUGCUCUUGUGAUUUUUCUCUAAAAGUGAUUGUUGUCCAGUUAUACGCGAUUUUAAAUUUGAAAAACGCGAAAAUUGACAUUUUGAAGUCUUAAUAACUCGGUAAAAAAUAAUUAUUAAAGUGACUCGAAAGUUAAAAAGUGACCAAAUCAAAGUUUAAAGUCCCUCCCCCUAAAAGAAGAUACUGGAGACAUUUUUCUCAUAAUUUUAUUACAAAGCUGUUAUGUUCAAAUAAUAUUUGCAAGCGAUCAUUGUUAAUAUAUUAUUAACAAUUAGCGCUUAGCGCGUAUUAAGGCGCGGAUUGACGUAAGUGCGAGAGAGAUACACCAUUUUACGGCCGCCUUAAUGCGCGCUUAGCGCCUAUUGUUAAUAAUAAUUCAAAAUAACAGCUUUGUAAUAAAAUAAUGGCAAACAUUUCUUGUAGACAGGCUUUAAAUUUGCUUUGGUCCCUUUCUGACAGUCAUAAUAAUAGUUUUUAACCGAGUUAUUAAGCGACAACAAUAAACUUUAGAGAAUAAUUACAAGAGACCUUUUUUGCUCAGAAUGACUCAAAGAAUCUAAAAAAAUACAUUGUCCGAAGUGAAAAAAUUGAGUUUUAGAAUUUGUUAAAAAAAUUGUUUAAACAAUUUUCAUUCACACCCUGUGGAUUUGUUAUAAGGACCUCUUUUUGAGUAAGUUUGUGGAAAAAAUAACGAAUCGAAAUAAUUUAUCUACGGGGGCGGGCAUACAGCUUGGACUAGUAAAAGAACUAAAGAUUCCAGCGUAAGAACGAAGGUGCAAUAUGUCGUUUUUGUUUAUAAUUUUUCAUAACAGAUCUGUAAGUUAGUAGAUUAGACACUUCUUGUAUAAAGAUUUGGUUUCGUUAAUAUUCGUUCAAAUGUAAGUAGUUAGUUUUAAAGAAAUAAACAUAAAUUUGACAACAUUGGUGAAUAUUUUUGUUCCUUUUUUAUGAAUUUAAUUUAAACUCACUUUUUUACAUAAUAAAAUAAAUUUAUAAGAUACGAAUCACGAUUUUUAACACACGGUUUUUAGUGAUUUAAUGUCAGUAGUUUCUUAAUCAUAAGUAAGCCAAUCGUGUUGAUGGAAUAAUGAUCAAUAUGUAUAACAUAUGGUAUCUACCUCAUAUAAUGAGGUAUACAAUGUAUACGCAUAAUAUAAGGCCCAUAUAUCGGCAGUGAAUUCUUCAGUUCUGUAGAGCUUUUGUUACUGCUCAAUGUUCUAUGUACCAAAUGCGUUUAAGUCCAUGAAGGCUAUAAUAACAAUAAUAUCGUACAGCAUUUUGACAAGUACAAAUAGUACACCACUCAUACAUUUCAAAAUAAAAAUGAUUUUUAAAUUCUUAGUUUAAUUUGUGACAGAAAGCCUUUCUUCCGGUUUUUCAUAUAGUGUACCGCUUUAUGCUAAAAAUAGCACAUCUUAGCGCGUAGUUUUCAUUUCUUUAAUACAUUAUCAAGAAUUAACUAAUACAAUAACUCUAACUAAGUGCCUCUACAUAGGUGCUCUGAUGAGAUGAAAUUAAAAUCGAAAUAUGUAUAAACACAUAGUGGAGGCCCUGUUCUGCAAUCAAAUCUGAAUCAUCUUUACUUUCAGUUAAUACAAUAACAUUACACCAGAAUAGUAAGAGAAAUUAAUAAUAUACCUUAUUCCACGAAUAUACAGUAUAUCCCGAAAUAAACAGUACUGAAACUGAAACAUAGGUUUCUCUUUCUGCACGCUGUCAUACCCAAAUUAACUUGUAUAGACCUGCCAAGUAAUUCUUAACAAUUAUUAAUAAUUAAUUAUUAAUAAUUAAUAAUUGUUAAGAAUUACUUGGCAGGUCUAUACAAGUUAAUUUGUGUAUGACAGCGUGCAGAAAGAUAAACCUAUGUUUCAGUUCCAGUACUGUUCAUUUCGGGCUAUACUGUACAACUGUUUUGGAUUAUCUCUACAACGAGUAUUUUACUGUGCAAAAUAUGAAGAGCGAAAGUAAAUUGCAAAUUACAUUGUGGCUUAUUUGAAUGAUUAUUAGAGCCAUUUACUUUCGUAGUUCUUAUGUUGCACACUACAAUAUUCGUUGUCACGAUAAUCCAAAACAGUCGUAUAUUCGUGGAAUGGCCUAUAAUAGGAUUUUAACUAGGCGUCAAGCUACAACAAAUGUCCAAAAUAACCUCCCUCAGAUGUGACACAAGAUCCAACUGUUCGUCUCACUGGCUGUCCUAUUAUUCCUGAUGUAUUUCUUAUUAUCUCAUAAUCAGCUAUAAUUUGAUUCCUCAGGUGUUUAACAUUUUUGACGGGAGUGGAAUAAACUAAGGAAAAGAAACCCCCAAAUGCAAAAAUCUAGAGAAUUCAAAUCCAACGAUCGAACAGGCCACUGUAUCGUACCUCCCUACCUACUCAACGAUUUGGAUAUACUGUAUCUAAGUGAUUACGUACAUUAAUGCUAAAAUGGGUUGGUGCCCCAUCAAGCAUGAACCAUAAAUGUUGUCUCAGCUGUAGAGGAAUCUCUUCAAAAAGAAUUAGCUGUAGAGGAAUCUCUUCCUCCUGUAAGAAACUAAGGUAAUAAUCGCCUGUUAGUCGUUGUGGGAGCAAAUAUGCACCGAUUAAAUGAUCAUCAAUUACACUAAUUCAUACAUUUGCUUAAAAUGAGCUUCAAAGAUUUGCUCAUAAGUGAUUUUUAUAGAAAUUUCGUAUAUGUACAAUGUCGUCCAAAAGUAGCCCUGCCAGUGAACAAAACGCUAUGUAAAAAAUUAUGAACUUGAUUAGAAGUCAAUAUUUUUAACUAACCGAUGAACAAUAUAAGAUAUGGAGAUAAUACUACAAUAACAGAACACAUCCUCUAAAAUCUUUAGUUUUACAUACAGGCAGAUAAGUGGACGAAGACCGGGGAAUGAAAAAUUUUGUUCAGGGUAAAAACACAGUAUACACAAAAUAUAUUGCUACAAAGAAAUCCAGAAAGUGUUAUAUUCUUAAAGGACCUUUUUUCUUUGGCAUCCAUAAAACGUACCUAUCUCAUCCAUCUUACUUUCUUCUGUCCUAAUGUUCUGUGUGCUACUUUUAUAACCCGAAAGAUUUUUUGUAGACUUUUUUUUCGUAAAUAAAUUUGGCUCUUUCUUUAUUCUGAUUUAUAAUCUCACAUAACGAUGGCUUAGUGUGAAAACCUCGUAUCUCAUUUUACAGAAAAUUUUACAUGAGUGACUUCAAACUGAAUUUCUGCAUACUCUAACCCAAAAUAUAUAUUAAAACUGUAUGUGUAAUGAUCUAAACGUACUCAGAAUCAAAACUCUGUAAAGAUAGUUUUUUUGUUUUAGGUUAGAGUAUGCAGAAAUUCAGUUUAAAGUCUCUCCUGUAAAAUUUUCUGUGAAAUAAGAUACGAAGUUUUCACACUAAGCUAUCGAUAAUUGAUUUUACUGAUCUGUUGUCCUUUAUUCGUCUUGUAUCUAUUUCUCUCUCUUCAUUUCCUUUAUUUGCCAUUGUGGUGAUAAAUGCUAAUAAGUCAUUUUGAAAGACAGCUUCUAUACUGGCGUUGUAUUACUCUUUCUCUAUAGUAAAAGCGAUGAGGCCAGUCACACUGAAGUAGCGCCAUGAAAUAGCAAUACGUUGCUCGCAGUCACAGUAAACAGUUGGAAGUUUGGAAGACUCCAUUUACGCGGCGAGGGGAGCGCGUUAUAGAAUAUGUUAACUUUUUCAGUAUUAUUACAAUCCAUAAAAGAUAACAAAUAAAUAAUACAAUUACGAAAAUACAUAUAGUUUUAUUGCGAUCCAAAUGAAUUGACGGGAAGAAAUUUUUCUGGGCAAAUUUGUGAGCAUAUGGUUCAUGACAACUAAUACUGGAAGUUUAGAUUAGAUGGCUUCGCUGAGCAAAUUUGGAAUAGUCUCAAAAUAGACGUAGGUACAUUAUUUAAAUUGGUCACAAGUAGAUAUGUUUUUUGUUUUCUAAUAUUCGUCAGGAUAGAUAAUAGACGAUUUUAAAAUAUUUGAUGGAGACAAUAUUCCAACAAAAAUAUUGCAACCAAAAACAAAAAACACUAUUAAGAAAGGAAAGAAAUGAAGGUAUAGAUAACUUCAUAUAUGUAUAUUCUUUGAAGAACAGUCUUAAAAAACUUGGAAUAGAGGGGGAGCAAAGACAGUAAAUAUCUGCGUCAAGUUGGAAUUUUACUUUUAUAUAUAUGGUAUAUAAGAGCAUUUCUAAAGUACAUGAAGUAAAUGAAGAGGCAGAAACUCAUGUAAUGCUUAUAAUACAUCUUUAUUCCUCCUUGAAGAUGGUGAGAUGCUGAAACACUCAAUGGUUUCCGUUGUUCUGCGCAGAGAGGACAAAGUCUAUUCCUGUAUUUGACAAGUAUUAUCUCCCUUAUUUAUGACUUCUACAUAGUAUAUAAAAAUAUUCUCUUUUAUAAUGUUCUACCGUUCGGUUAUUUAAUAAAUUUAUGCAUAUUUUAUUAUGUAUAAUUAUUGUCAGCUAAAUCAUAAUAUUAUAUAUAGUGGCUAUUACAAACAAACAUCUGCUACCUUACAGAUUCUGUUAUUAUUUCUCGGAAAUGAAAAUAUGUAAUAUAGAAAAACGUACUAAACUGGUUUAUGAAUUUUGUAAUAUUUGUGAUGUAUCAUAUUUUGUUAACUGUAACACGAUAUGUUUUAUAGAGGCAUCAGAAAAUUUUUAUCUUUGAAAGAAGAAUAGUAGAAAGAGAAAAAGAACAGAACUUUGAAGUAGUAUUGUUAUAAUAUUUUUCAUUGGCAAAAUUUGCCUUCUUUUGCUCAGCUCUUGAUGUACUGAUCUGUUGGCAGUCAUUGGUCAGCUUAUUUAUUAUAUUUUAUGGUCUUAGAAUAAGCGUAAUAUUUUCUAUUCUUUUUUAUUUCUCUUUACAAUAUUUGUAAAGGGAAAAAUAUAAUAGAAGAGAAGAAAUAUUGCAUUUGAAGUAUCCCUGAUCUUCCAAAAACAUACUUUUUCUCAUUCGGUAUCUAUUUUCUGCCCUUAAGUCAAAUUUUGCCAACUUACCAAUGGUAAACCUGCAGUGGGAGAAAAGUUUAUUGUGUCUUUAUCGUGCUAUUAUUUAGUAGCCCCAUUAGCGUUAAAUAUGCCACACAACUAGACAAUAUACACAACAUACCACAAAUUAGAAAAAAAUCUAAGCACUUCUACUUAUAUCUUUCUACAGAGAGUUUAGAUUGUCUUGAUUAAAUUAUUCUAUUUUUAGUAGCAUUGAGAAGCAUUUAUUGCUAUGGGUUCCUGUUCAUAUGCGAACAUUACGCAGCCAUGACAUCUUUUUACGUCAUAGAAUUCUCUUACCCUUUAUCUUUCCUUCUAGUACUAUAUAGUUGCUGAAAAGUGUAUCGUUCUCCUCGUAAGCGGUGCUCUAAAUAAGUUCUUAUAUUUUACAUAAUCAAAAAGUUCUCUAUCUUGGAAACCCUAUCUUCUUAAUAAGUUCUCAACUCUCAUACUGUCCUUAUGAUAUUCUAAUCAUUCGGUGCAGAUACCACUUUCAAUUUGUAAAUGGAUCUGGUGUUUAACAUUCAUGCUUACAUUUCAGACAAGAGAACAUGCCAAACGUACCCAACAAUUAAGAAUCUUGUAUCUUAAGUUUCAAAAAGCAUUUCUGGCUUGGUCUACUCUGCUCUUUCAGUGUCCCAGUUAUCGUUUAGCAAACGACCCAAAUAUAACAACUGCCUGAUUUGCGCGAUUUCUUCUCCAUUGUUUGUGUCUUCCUGCUAUUUAUUUUCAAACCCAAAGCUUAGAGUUGCAAGAGUUAGAUCAUUUAAAAGACACUGAAGAUCUUCGAUACUGUCUUCCAUUAUCGCUGCGUCAUCGGCAUACCUAAUGUUAAUAAAUAUGCCUUUCACUUUAAUAGUAUUAUUAGAGUCUGCUACUGUUUCUGCAUUUUCUACGUAUAAGUUAAACAACAUUGGAGAAGGUAUACAACCUUGCCUUACUUCCUUUUUUAUUGAGAAAUCUCUCGUUUCGUUGAAAUUUUGAAGACGUGUUGUUGCUGUCUUGCUCUAAUCUUCUACAAAAUAUAUUUAAAUAUAUGUAUACUUAAUUGACAACACAAAAUGCUUUUAAAAUUACGUUAAAACGUGAAGAAAGCUAUUGUAAGAAUAAUUCAUGGGUGUUUUUGGUUUGACAUAUUUACCAAUUCUAUGAAUACUCUUAAGACUAUAUAUAAAACAUUUUCUUUAUACAAAUAAAUGUCUUUUAUUUUCUUAAGUAAAAAAAAUACAAAAUACCUAAUGACGAUUUUGAUGCCUCUAUUUUAAAUAUAAUAUUUGUGAUAUAUGCUUUCGUAUUAUGGUUAACAAAAGAUGAUUUACUUGAGUCAAAAUAUGAAUUAACUUUGCGUAUAUUGUAGGGAUAACUUCUGUCAUUCCGAAGACUUGUCAUUAGACAAGUCUUCAUACUCCUUAUUUGUUGACCAGUAAGUAGGUAUCUCAUAAUUUUAUGUUACAUAAUAUACUGGCGAUGAAUAAGUCCUACAAUAUUAUAUUCGCCGCAGAAAAUUUCAUAAAGUGACUUUAUUAGGUAUCGAUAUAUUAAUAACAUCAAAAUGAUUUAGUUAAAAUGAUAAUUUUGAUUUUUGAGCGUAUGGGAAGAGUAAAAAGGUAUUAUUUUAGUUUUUAUUGCAUUUAUCAAAUAUGUAUUUUAUCAUGAAUCUCCACUGUUGAACAUAUGCCUCCUCCACGCUCCUCUCUCUUUCUCGAUUCAGAUGCGGCGCUCCAACACGUCGAUCAUCGAUCUCUGUUUAGUGUUUAGUCGCCAAUUUAAUAUUCUUUUAGUCCAUCUGUCCUUCCAGGUUCUCGCCACAUGGCGUGUUCAUCUCCAUUUCAUUAUAGGUACAUUUUUGACUUUUUUUUUGACAUAGGUAUCUUUCUUCUGUAUCUUUUAAUGAUUUCAAGCAUGUAACACAUUUUUUUCGUCAAAUAUAUGGGUCCUCUUACUGUGUCCUUUAUCCUUCAUAAGAAUGUGGUGACUUUAUAGUAUUUUGUAUAUGGUUGUUAUCCAGUAAUAUUCUUUCUCCUGAGCGUGGUGUGCUGCCUCAGACAGAAAGAGUAACCGGUGGCGCUCUUUAUUUGGUCGGAACAACUACUUCCUCGCAUUCAUUCACCAUAUCCUUUGCCUUCAAUCACUAAUAUCUCCGUACCUUCGUCUCUUCUGACUAUGUGACCAAAAUACGUCAAUUACUUACUUACUUUCCGUAUCCGGAACACCAACAACUUUAAAUUCUGUAUUUCCAAUGGUUGGCCACAUAGAUGGCCCUGUCAUUUGCUAUAAUUAAGUCUUGUUCUGUGCAGGUCUCUCUCAUCUCUGUGCAUGAUAGUAGAUGCCGGCUGGUCUGAACCGCGUCACAGUCGCAGGUAUCGUCCUCCUGGUAUCCCCAUUUUUUCAGGUUACUAGCACAACGUGAAACGCCGGUUCUUAGUCUGUUUAGCGCUUUCCAAGUCGGAUACGGUAAAUUGUGUCCAGCAGCCAUUUCCUCCGAGGGAGGAAAAUGUGUCGCGGUAGCUGACGCUUGCCAUAGGUGUAUUCGGCGCAUCUCUGGCGCUUCGGGGAUGGAUCUUGAUGUUUUCAGGAAGCUUUUCUGAGAUCUUAGUCUGCUUGGCUGAGUUUGGUGGUCAUAUAAGGGGUGUCUUCGGUCCGUCUCCUGCUUUUUCCGUUCUACCUCUGACGUGACCUUCCUCCUGAUAGGUGGUGGAGCAAUUCCAGCAAUGGGGUAUACCUCUUCGAUAGGUGUCGGUUUCAGGCAACCCGAUAUUAUACGGACCGUUUCAUUUAGAGCCACGUCGACGUUCUUUGCGUGAGCAGAGUUUGCCCAUACUGGUGCUCCAAACUCCGCGGCCGAAAAACAUAAUGCCAAGGCAGAAAUGCGGAGAGUGUGUGGUUGUGCUCCCCAUUUUGUAUUAGUUAGCUUGCGGAUGAUAUUAUUUACUAAUAUACGUCAAUUAUUUUGGUUGAUGUCGAGUUCUGCUGAUAUUAAGAUAUUUGUGCGGUGUGCUGUUCAGAGUUCGCGUAUCGUUCUACGACAUACCCAAAUUUCAAAGAUGUCGUAAGUCGGACUUUUUGAUAGUAGGAGAGGUAGCGAUAGAAAGGAUAAGCGCUCGUAUGAGGCGCAGUUUCGUCUUUUUGUUUAUGGUAUCUUUCCAGAUUUUAGUAAGUUUGACCGUUGCUGAUCUUGUAAGGCGUCGACGUAUUUCUUCUUCGCAUCAACCAUUGUUUGUGGUAACAUAUCCUGAGUAAUUGAAACGGCUUAUCACUUCGUGCCCUGGUACGUUUCGUAUUUUUGGCUGGUUAUUUAUGGUCUUCUGUGAUUUGGUAAGUCCAUAUUUACGACUAAGAGUAUCUAGUCUGUUCAUAAUGCCUUUAAGUUCAUCUGUUGAUGAUGCUAGUAUCAAAUUGCCUUUAGCUUAGAGAAGAUUGCUGAUUUUUCGGCCUCCCACUGCUAUUGCUCCUUGCUGCCAUAGCUUAUCCUAGCCGUUAUCAUUUUGAUUGUAUGCCGUUUUUAGUUUCUUACAAAGGUUUGCUAAAUAUUCUUUCAUAGUAGAGAUGAUUAGAGAAGACAAAAUAGAGCCUUGCUUCACUCCACGCUUGAUUUUCACAUAUUCGGUGUGUUUACCUUCAAUUCUGAGAUUUUGUAUCUUCUACACUACAUGAUACAAGCUUCCCGUUACUUUUUAUUCUGUUUAUUUUGUCGAGGCAUUUUGUUGAAAUUUUAGUAGAAUUCUAUCUAAACUGUUUUAUCUCAGCUAGAUAUGUCCCAAUCGGUUGCUUUCAUAGAUCUUUACGUAUUCUCUUCUUCUUUCACGAAGUAUUAGUUCCUACAUAUUAAGACAGUCUGUCAAAUUUACAUAUCUCUGCACCUUUAUCAUUUGUUUUUAGUUAAUUAUAUUACUUUACGCUUACAAAAAUUUCGGAAAUAUUUUGACAAAUACAAUAAAAAUCAAGGUUUUACCUACCAUACGUUGAAGAUUUUCGGAAAAUGUACACGUGACCCUUUAGAAACCAAACGAUCUACUAACCUACUAGAUAUUUUGAUGUCAGAUUUAAAAAUAUACGAGGUAAGAAUAUAACAAUUUUAAUUUAUUGUGUUUAAUUCGAAACGUUUAUCUCGUAUAUGUGUUGAUUUUUGUGGUACAAACAUUAAGAUUAAACAAAUAAAAAAAUUUUAAUUGUAUAUUUCUUUUCAUUAUUGUGCAGUAUACGUAAAAUUUCGAUAUAUUUGGAUAUACUUAUUAUAUUGAGUUUAAUUAUUUAUUUAAACUCUAGUUUCACUUUAAAAUACUUGCUGGAAUAAAAACCAUUAUCAUCACCAAUCAGCCAAUUGAGGCUACUGCUGGACAUAUGCCUUCUUCAAUUCCCUCCAAAUAGUCCAGUGUUCUCUACACUAGGCCGCUUGUAGCCAGUUUUCUGCUAUUAUCUCCACGUAAAACAUUUUUCUGCUUUAAGUGCCGUCUCACAUACGGAGGUUGGAUAUCAUCAUGACUAUGUUUACUCUAUCUACCGCUGCUCUGAAGAGUUCUAUAGAACUGCAUUUAAACCAGUCCCUUAAAUUUUUUAACCAUGACACUCUCCUUCUUCCUGUACUCCUUCCGCCUCUUAUUUUCCCUGUAUUAUCAGUCUUAGCAUUUCAUAUCGCUGUCUCCUCAUUACGUGUCCCAGAUAUUGUUUAUUGAUAUAAGAAUUUACUUAUUUUAUUGUGUUUAUUAGUUUGCAUUCUUUGCUCAUUUCUCGCAAUACUGCCGUAUUCGUUUUCUUCUGUGUCCAUGCUAUUCUAAGCAUAUUUCUGUAACACCACAUUUUAAAUGACUGUUACUUAUGUGUUUUUUCUUCAAUAUCCAGCUUUCAAGUCCAUAUUGUAGUAUCGAGAACACGUAGCCAAAGCUCUUACCCUCAGUUCUAAUCUAAGGUCUUUGUUGCAGAGAAGUGUUUUAAUUUUUACAAACGCAUUGCUUGCUAUUUCUAUCCUGGUCCUUAUUUCUGCUGUUUGAUAAUUUUUCUCUGAAAUCCAAGUUCCUAGGCAACGUAACACCUGAAAACUCUUAUGUAAUCGAUCGAAGUCUUUAUUACACUAAAUAUUUUUCAAUUUGGUAAAUGAGGGCCCUGCUUGUCCAAUUCUUAAUUUGAUUUCUUCAGUAUAUUUGUGUUGUCUUUAAUUGUUGAACCUAAAUAUUUGUAAAAGAUAAAGGCAGGUUUUGUUUAUAUUUAAUUCAGAGUUGGACUACCAUCUCCAUAUAGCUAUUUCAGCAUCCUCAUGCAUCCUCAGUGAAGCUAUGCAGUCACAACUCUGAAAGAAACAUAAACAAUCUGCCUAUUUAAGGGAAACCAUCGCGAUACAAUGAUUCCACCUUUUGAGACGCAAUCUAGCGACAUCUCUCGUAUUACGAGGAAAACAACGAAAAGCCCUAGAUACAAAGUUUACUACUUUUUAAACAAUUAGAAUAAUUGAAAUAAAAAUAUAAUAAACAAUAAUUUAAAUCUAAGACUUUUCGUUAAUAAACUGCUUUCUGGCUGCAUCAUGUAUCUCCGGCUUUUACAAUAUAUAAGCACAGAGACGACGAAAAUUGGAGAAAGCAAAUAGGGGACACUUAGGCCACGUAUUUACCUUCUCUUCUUCUAGGAAAAGGACCGAAAGACAGUUUCUAAAUACUCAAUACUGAGUAAAAAUGAAAAGAUAAAGGCAGGUUUUGUUUAUAUUUGAUUCAGAGUUGGACUACCAUCUCCAUAUAGCUAUUUCAGCAUCCUCAUGCAUCCUCAGUGAAGCUAUGCAGUCGUAGCAUUUUCCUCGUAAUACGAGAGAUGUCGCUAGAUUGCGUCUCAAAAGGUGGAAUCAUUGUAUCGCGAUGGUUUCCCUUAAAAGGCAGAUUGUUUAUGUUUUUUUCAGAGCUGUGACUGCAUAGCUUCACUGAGGAUGCAUGAGGAUGCUAAAAUAGCUAUAUGGAGAUGGUAGUCCAACUCUGAAUCAAAUAUAAACAAAACCUGCCUUUAUCUUUUUCAUUUUUACUCAGUUUUGAGUACAUAUUUAGAAACUGUCUUUCGGUCCUUUUCCUAGAGGAAGAGAAGGUAAAUGCGUGGCCCCUAUUUGCUUUCUCCUAUUUUCGUCGUAUCUGUGCUUAUAUAUUGUAAAAGCCGAAGAUACAGGAUGCAGCCAGAAAGCAGUUUAUUAACGAAAAGUCUUAGAUUUAAAAUAUUGUUUAUUAUAUUUUUAUUUCAAUUAUUCUAAUUGUUUAAAAAGUAGUAAACUUUCUAAAUAUUUGUAUUUGGGAUUUGUUUUGUUUCUUUUCUGUGGAUCAUUAUAUAUGUUCUCGUGUCUCUCGUAUACACUGUUACAGUGUAUUCCUUCACUAUAUUCCACAACUUGAUUUACUAGUUGCGUAGAUCUUCGAUGCAUUCGGUUAACAGUACCGUACCAUCAACCUUUCUUAUUGCCAGGUUUUCCGUUUAUUGUAUGCUAUUGUUUGCCCCUCUAGCGCUUCUUGGAUAAUUUCUUUGGAAUACAUAUUGAAGAGGAUAGGUGAUAAUAUUCAUCCUUGUCUAACACAUCCUUAGUUAGUUUUGAUCCAAAAGCUCCAAACACUCAAAACUUUUGUUAUCCAUCAAGUAACGGCCGAUUCCCACAACCAUACUUUGUUGAAAAUUAUUUUUAGUAAAAAUUUUAAUGUUUUGUAUUUUGAUAACAAUUUCCGAAAUGGAAAUGGAAACGUCUAAUAAAAAUUUUUAAUGUUUGUACCAGCAAACACGAAUUGACUUUGUUCAACUGGUGCGUUAUUUUUUUUUUGUUAUAAAUAUUGUAUUAUAUCUCCGCGUUGUAAAAACUUGGAUUUAUGUGUAAAAAGAAGCUUUGUUUUGCUACAUUGGCAAAUGUGUAAAAGUUUUUAGUGAUUCUCUGUAUAUUAUUAUAAAAAACUAAUAGUUGACGAUUGUAUGGUGUGUGUCGAGACAGGAAGAUGUACCUUAUUUGUAAAGUAGUUCUAAUCAAAAAGUUAGAAGGAAAAAUUAUAAAUAUUACUGAAAAGAUAUUUCUAAAUGUGUAAAAUAAAUAUAAAUAACAAAUUUUAAA